CAUGCCAUGUGCUCAUUCUGUCUCUGUCCUCUCCGGAGGGUGUUUUGUAUUCAUCUGGUCUGUCCUUCUUGUGCUCCAACAUGAGCCACUACGCCUCUUCCUCAUCCUCUUCAUCAUACCGUCGAAUGUUUGGUGGUCCCGGCUACCUGACGCCACCAAUGUCCCGUGCCGUGUUCAGCCGAGCCUCCACCGGGGGGGCCGGCAGCUCUCGGGUCAGCUCCAGAGUCUACGAGGUCACCAAGUCCUCCACUUCUUCUCCUGGAUUCUCCAGUUAUCGAGGCUCCUCAUACAGUAUGCCCAACUUGUCUGCGGGCUACACCCGCUCCUACGGUGGCAUGGGUGAGACCCUGGACUUCAGCCUGGCCGAUGCUCUCAACCAGGAGUUUCUACAAACACGCACCAAUGAGAAAGCUGAGCUUCAACAUCUGAACGACCGAUUUGCCAACUACAUUGAGAAGGUGCGCAUGCUGGAGCAGCAGAACCAGGCGUUGGUGAUUGAGGUGGACCGCUUAAGGGGGCGGGAGCCCACGCGGAUUGCUGACCUUUAUGAGGACGAGAUGAGGGAGCUGAGAAGAGAGAUCGAAGUGGUCACCAGUCAGAGAUCACGUGUUGAGGUGGAGCGGGAUAACUUGGUAGAUGACCUGCAGAAACUAAAAGCCAGGCUUCAGGAGGAGAUUGCACUGAGGGAAGAGGCAGAGAAUAAUCUGGCCGCUUUCAGAGCUGACGUGGAUGCUGCCACUUUGGCCCGCCUGGAUCUGGAAAGACGUAUAGAGACACUCCAGGAAGAGAUUGCCUUCCUGAAGAAGAUCCAUGAGGAGGAAAUCCGUGAGUUGCAGGCCCAGAUGCAAGAGACUCAAGUCCAAAUUCAAAUGGACAUGUCUAAACCGGACCUGACUGCUGCCCUGAGGGACAUUCGUGCUCAAUAUGAGGGCAUCGCUGCAAAGAACAUUGCAGAGGCCGAGGAUUGGUACAAGUCAAAGGUGUCAGACCUUAACCAGGCAGUGAGCAAGAACAACGAGGCUCUGAAACAAGCCAAGCUGGAGAGCAUGGAGUACAGACACCAGAUCCAGUCUUACACCUGUGAGAUCGACUCCCUCAAGGGCACUAACGAGUCUCUCAUGAGGCAGAUGAGAGAUAUGGAGGAUCGCCACGGUCGUGAGGCCGGUGCUUUCCAGGACACCAUCGCCAGGCUGGAGGCGGAGAUCGCUAACAUGAAGGAUGAGAUGGCACGUCACCUGCGAGAGUAUCAAGAUCUGCUCAAUGUCAAGAUGGCCCUGGAUGUGGAGAUCGCCACCUACAGGAAGCUGCUGGAAGGAGAGGAGAGCAGGAUUGUGAUGCCCAUGCAGUCAUAUUCCACUAUAAGCUUUAGAGAGACAAGUCCAGAGCACCAGCAGAGAGCAUCUGAAAUGCACUCAAAGAAAACCGUCCUGAUCAAGACCAUUGAGACACGUGAUGGGGAGGUGGUGAGUGAAUCUACACAACACCAGCAGGACAUCAUGUAAACCUCUGAACAAGGAGCUGCAACCAAAGAAUCAAACCAAGAUGAAAAUAAAACCUUUAGGACAGUUUUUCAUACUCUGUACUUUUCUUUUGUUUUCCACACAUCCUAAAAAUUAUAUGAGCACAUGUACAUGAGUGGGAGAAGAGAGCGAUCAUAUUCUUUUAAAACUGUAUUUUUUAAGCAUUUGUAGUCCAGUUAUACAUGUCAGUUUGGAAUAAUGUAAGGUAAAGUUGCAGAUAAGGUAAAAGAAAAGCAGAAAUAGUAAAUGAAGGAUAAAGAGUGCAGUAAAUAGAGAGAACAGGCAGAAAGCAGACUUGGAUAACAUAAAAUGAUAGAGAAAAUUGUGAGGAUGGUGCCAAACGUAAGAAAAAAAUAAACUAAAGAUACCUAAGCCAACACAUUCCAUUAAUGUUUUUUUGUGUGUGUUUCUGUGUGUCUGUUCACCUAAACAUGAGUAUAAAUAUGCUCAGACAGAAAUAGACAGAUGAAUCAUAGAUCACAAGAGACACAGUGAAUUCACAAAGUUUACCAUAAUAAUCAGGCCCAUACAAACACAUGCUGUUGUACAGUGUCCAAAAGAAAAA